UUGAUCGAUAAAAGUCAAACGAUUGUUAGAAAUUCCCAACUGUUGGGGCUGCUAAUCACAACUCCGAAACAAAGUAAAUAUUUAGUAAGUAGCAAACAUUAGACGAAGGCUGAACAAACGCAAACCCAGCGGAUCUGAAGAGGAACCGAAACAGAACUGAGAGCUGGAUCCUGGGACAGGACAGCAACAAUGGAGGAACUGCAGGAUGCCAGCAUUCACCACAUGACAGCCAAGGUUAUUUCGGCCAUCAAAACCACCAAGUCCUACGAACCCAUCUACAAGGAGCUGCAGCGCCUUGCCUGCAGUCCCAAUGUGGAUCCCAUCGACAUGCGCAAUACUCUGGAGGAUGCCAUCAAGGGGGCCGGCCUGGAAACAGAGAUACGCAACAUUGUCUACAAUCUGGUGCGCAGUCGUCUGUCCAAGCCAGACCCCACCGCCACCACCAAACAGCUAUCGAAAACCACUUUAAGCGAUCCCCUGGGCUAUCUGAAAAGAGCCGGGGUGCUGUGGGAUCGACGGGUGCGCAAGAGCUUGAAUGCCAUGUGCACAGAGCUGAAGGUCCCGCUCCAUGGACAGCCCCGCAUCAGUACGGAUCGCGAGGACUUUAUGGCGAAAUGGAAUGAGCUGAGCAACUACAGCAUGGACCUAGCCAACUAUCGACCUGUGUACGCGCCCAAGGAUCUGCUAGAGGUGCUGCUCUCUCUGAAAGGACCCGCCAAGACCACCGAAAAUACAGACCAAAUUCCUCAAUGGGAGUUCUCGCACAUUGCUCUGCCCGUGAAGAAUCUCUUCGAGCUGCGGACCCACUUCGCGGAUCUGCUGCGGGGUGACGGCUACCUGGGUAUGCCGGACCUAACAACGCAGUGCCAGCGCAUUCUGGAGACCCGACAUGCGCCCAUGUGCCAGCAAUUCCUAAAGAAGGGCUGCACUCCGGCCCCGUAUCGAGGUGCCCUCUGGGCGGCCGUGCUCGAUAGCAAGCUGCAUGACUACGACAUAGAACACUGGCAGAAGUUGCGGAACACUGUUUGGACUACGGAUCAUAUCGUGGACAAGCUGGUCUUCAAGGACAUCCAGUUAACGGCCUCCAACGAUGAUCAGUAUUUUGUGUUCGAGGAUGUGCUCUACCAGGUGCUGCUCUGCUUCUCCCGCGACACGGACAUUGGGAGCUGUGUGGACUACGAGGCAUUCCCGGUGAAGGGCAAGACGUACGAGGGCCCUCCCUCGGGCGUGGUGCCCUUCCACGGGAUCUGCAUGUUCGCCGCUCCGUUCUGCUAUCUGUACGACUCGCCCGUCAAUCUGUACUACACCUUCCGUGCGUUCUAUAUACGAUACUGCCACCGACUGACCACCAUCAACACGCAUCCCCAGGGCAUUGUCAGCCUCUGCCUGCUGUUCGAGAAGCUGCUGCAGACCUAUGAGCCCCAGCUCUGGUCGCACUUCCGUGAGCUACAGAUACAGCCUUUGCGAGUGGUUUUCAAAUGGCUAAUGCGCGCCUUUUCCGGACACCUGCCACCCGAUCAGCUCCUGAUCCUUUGGGACUUGAUACUGGGUUUCGAUAGCCUGGAGAUUCUGCCACUCUUUGCCAUUAUUAUCUUAAGCUUCCGCAAGGAGAGCCUCAUGCAGGUGGCUUCCUUGGACAACAUUGAGUCGAUUCUGGCGGAUCUGUCCUCGAUCAAAGUGCUGCCCCUUGUUCAAUUAGCCCUGAGUCGAGACUAGAGAUUCGAUUUGGGGUUUUGUUGUAGGUACAAAAUUCUAUGUAACUUUGAGUAGUAAUAAUAUACAAUGAUCGAAUCGA